UCACAGUGACGCUCUUUACGGCGUCCCCUGGUUGCAGGAAAAGGACAACGAUGACAGUCAUUGAGAGGCCAACUAAUCAACCGAUUUGAAAUGGCACUAUUUUAACGUUUUAAUCUGCAAUGAAAAGAGUCACUAUCUUCAUAAGAGGGACGUCGUCGAACGGAAAGGUGGUGGCCGUCUGCGGGUCUCUGGAUGACUUGUUGUCUGUGGCAAGUACGAAACUGGGAAUAAGAGCAUCCGGCGUUUACAACGGGAGUGGUGGGCUGAUAGACGAUAUAGCCUUAAUUAGAGAUGAUGAUGUGCUUUACAUGUCGGAUGGAGACUGUUUAGUGGAAAACGGUGGGCAAGAUCUUUGCGAUCCUGAAAAAUGUCAGCCGCACACGGAUUGGCUGACGCUGAAUGUGGGUGGUCGGUGCUUCACCACGACAAGGAGUACAUUGGUCAACAAAGACCCCGACAGCAUGUUGGCCCACAUGUUCAGAGACAAAGGUGUUUGGAUGAACAAGCAGGAUUGCCAAGGGGCGUAUCUAAUAGACCGCAGUCCGGAAUAUUUUGAACCCAUUUUAAAUUAUUUGAGACAUGGACAACUCAUCCUUAACGAAGCCAUCAACCCACUGGGUGUUUUGGAGGAGGCUCGUUUCUUUGGAAUCGAACAGGUGGCCGUACAGUUAGAGACCCAAAUUAAGGCUUCCCAGCCGCCCCAAGACCACUCACCUUUGACCCGGAAGGAGUUCAUAAGGUUUCUAUUAGCCACCACAACAAAGUCUGAGCUGCGCUGUCAGGGUCUGAAUUUCAGCGGUGCAGAUCUUUCUCGUCUAGACCUACGCUACAUCAACUUCAAGAUGGCUAACCUGAGCGGAGCUAAUCUGGCGCACGCUAACCUCAGUGGGGCUAACCUGGACCGGGCAGACCUCUCAUCCGCCUCUCUCGAUGGGGCGAACCUCCAGGGAGUGAAGAUGCUGUGCUCGAAUGCAGAGGGGGCGUCGCUGAGAGGAUGCAAUUUUGAAGACCCGGCUGGAAUCAAAGCCAACCUAGAAGGGGCUAAUCUAAAAGGUGUGGACAUGGAGGGGAGCCAGAUGACGGGGAUCAACCUCAGGGUCGCCACGCUGAAGAACGCCAAGCUGAAGAACUGCAACCUGAGGGGGGCUACCCUAGCGGGCACGGACCUGGAGAACUGUGACCUGUCGGGUUGUGACCUUCAGGAGGCCAACCUGAGAGGCUCCAACGUGAAGGGAGCCAUCUUCGAGGAAAUGCUUACCCCCCUGCACAUGUCCCAGAGUGUGCGCUGAACUUGGGAGUCCCCUUGGGGAGCAAUGCCAGUUGAAAUUGCCCUUGUUUCAUCCCCAGCCGUGAGGUUUGAUUAGCCAUUAAACAUCCAUUCCGAAAUGUAACCUAUGUGACAUCAUUGGGUUUGUCCGUCCACCAAGAUAGAUCGGCUGAUCUGUUUAAAAGUCACAAUAUUCGGUCACACUGGAUUUGAAACUUUUGAGACUAUUGUAGUUUAAGGGCUGAAUGUAAGGAAGAGGAAGUGGAAUGUAACCUAUAUAUUUUGCCAAUGUUUAACUGGCAUUACAGAUUUGCAUUGUGAAUACAAACUAGUAAACAUUGUUUCAAUAUGUGUUUAUGAUUUGUUUUUUACAUUUUGUUCACAACAAAAAAAAGUCCUGAAAUAAAUAAUUGGACCAAGGUAAAUCA